UACGUACUGCUGAGACCAGCGUAGGCAGACCGAGGAGUUGGAACCAGAGACAGCAAGUUACCCAACCGUGCGCAGGCAGGACGCGGAGCAUCCCGGAACUCAGCUUUAACAUCUGAGCCUGGAUCCUACCUGUAGUCAAGAGCUGACUCUGAGGCCUGGCCCAGUCAAGCUGACCCCUACCUUAGACCCUGUGCACCGGAUGGAGCUGACCCUGAGUACCAGCCCAGCAAAACUGACUCUAGAUCCUGCAUGCCAGCCAGAGUUGACCCUGAGACUCAACCUGACCAAGCUAACCCUGGAUCCUGCACGCCAGCCAGAGCUGUCGCUGAGUCCCAGGCUAGCUGAGCUGACCCUGGAGUCCACAUGCCACCCAGAGAUGAGCCUCAGUCCUGGCCCAGCUGAGCUUACCCUGGAUCCUCAACACCAGGCAAAGGAGAUCCCAGUCCCCAAGCUGGCUGAAUUGACCCUGGAGCCUGUACACUGCCGACCUGAGCUCCUGAGUGCCUGUGCUGACCUCAUCAAUGACCAGUGGCCCCGCAGUCGUGCCUCCCGUCUCCACUCCCUGGGCCAGUCCUCAGAUGCCUUCCCCCUCUGCCUGAUGCUGCUGAGCCCUCAGCCCACACCCGGAGCAGCCCCUAUUGUGGUGGGCCAUGCCCGCUUAUCACGGGUACUGGAUCAUCCUCACAGCCUCUUAGUGGAGACAGUGGUGGUAGCCCGGGCUUUGAGGGGCCGUGGCUUUGGUCGCCGCCUCAUGGAGGGCUUGGAGACCUUUGCCCGAGCCCGGGGUUUCAGACGGCUACACCUUACCACUCAUGACCAGAUAUACUUCUAUGCCCAUCUGGGCUACCAACUGGGUGAGCCUGUGCAGGGUUUGGUCUUCACCAACCGUCGGCUGCCCACCACUGUCUUACGUGCCUUCUCUAAGCCACCCUGCCCCCAGCCACCCUGCAAAGGGCCUAUCCUAGCUGCCCAAGUUGUCCCAAAGAGCUCUAAGGGACUCCAUUUGCCGCCACCUCCUCCCUUACCCCAGUCUCUGACCACCCCACUGCCUCCCUCACCUGAGCCCCUUCCUCAAAACCAGCUAGAGACACGACAUCGAGAUCUGAAGGGGUGCCCUAUAUUCUGGAUGGAAAAAGACAUCUGAUGGCCCUGUCUCUCUGGGACACUGGAUUGCCCAGAACAGAGCCAGCCUCAGCCCACAGGCCAUUCUUCACCCCCUGGGAACAACCUUAGCCUGUGUAUCUUUCCUGGGUACCAGUGGGCCAGGAGGUGGCUCCAGAGCUUUGGCUCAGAGCUAUCAGUGUGGCUAAAUAAAGGCUUCCAUUAGGUA